AUGGCCAACCAUGCGAGUACCUCAUCAGAGUGCCCUCUCGAUGCGUCCCGACUCAUAGUCACAAAGACAGACAAGCUCAAUCCCAUUCCUGAACCUGGCUCAGCCGAGCUUUGGGCGCAGAAUGCAUGCUGCGACCACAUGGUCAUUGCUCGUUGGAGUGUCGACCAAGGCUGGGAAGCGCCCGAACUAAAGCCUUUUGGGGACAUUUCCAUAUCCCCAGCUGCAUCAUGUCUUCACUACGCUACGCAGUGCUUUGAGGGUAUGAAGGUUUACCGUGGGUUCGAUGGCAAACUGCGGUUGUUCAGGCCUGAGCGAAAUGCGAAGAGGCUUGUCAUGAGCUCUCAACGAGUGUCACUACCUGGAUUUGAUGAGGAGGAGCUGGUGAAAUUAAUCAAGGCACUAGUCCGGUUAGAUUGCCCGAGUGAGAUCCCUCAUAGUCCCCUCUAUGUUUUCUCCUUACUAAUAAGAUGGCUUACCAAAGACAAGCCUGGGAAAUUCCUGUAUAUUCGCCCUGCCGUAAUUGGUAAUGGCCGACAAAUUGGAAUCCAGAUUCCAGCCGAGGCUACUAUUAUUAUACUUAUGGUAUCUUGGCCUGACUACUCCUCUGAAACACCCCCUGGCGCCCCUCCAAAACAACAUGGGCUUCGUCUUCUGACCUCAGAAAAUGGAUCUGCGCGAGCUUGGCCAGGCGGCUUUGGUUACGCCAAAAUUGGUGCUAACUAUGGACCUAGUUUCCUUUCACUGGGAGAAUGCCAUAAGAGAGGUUAUGAUCAAAUUCUUUGGGUUUUAGGCCCAGACUCUCAGGUCACUGAGGCUGGUGCCAGUAACUUUUUCGUGCUUAUCAAGAACCAUGAUACCGGGCGUCCCGAGCUCAUUACGCCGCCUCUGGAUGACAAAAUCAUUCUGGAAGGCAUCACUAGACAAUCUGUCUUGGAUCUAGCUCGGUCGAGACUGUCAGAUCAACUUGAUGUAGUCGAAACCAAAUUCAACAUGCAUGAUCUGAAGGCAGCGUGGAAAGAGGGGCGCAUUCUUGAAGCCUUUGUAUCAGGCACAGCUUUCUUCAUUUCGCCUGUUUCAAUUAUUGCUUUUGAAGGAGAAGACAUCGAUAUUCCGCUGAAAGGGUCCGUCCCCUCUGGGGGAUGCGCUGAAACGAUUAAAGGAUGGCUGAGAGAUAUUAUGUUUGGUAAUGUAGAUCACGAGUGGGGAAUUGUUGUCCACGAGGAAUAA